AUGCGCGGGGCGUUGGCGCGGCCGGAGGCCCUCGCGACGGUGCUUUGGCUGGUCGGGGAGAACCUCUCCUACCACGUCGCGAUGGCGGCCGCCGCGCCGGAGUGUUUCCGCGUGUUUGUGCGAAAAUUCCCCACCCUCGAGACGAACGUGAAGGAGGAGGUGCUCCGGCUUGGGUGUAAGAUCUGGCUGCAUCUCGAGGGAAAAGGGGAGCUGGUGGAGCGGUUUCGCAAGAUCUUCACCUUUGCCCUGGAGCUCGCGACCUACGACGACUACUACGCGAUCCGAGACCAAGCCCGGUUGUUCCAGGGCGCUCUCGAGCGCGAUAGCGACACCUUCAAGGCCCUGAAGGCGACGCUUCUGAGCGAAAAGAGCCCGCCCACGGUGAGCGAACCCCACCCCGCGUGUUCUAGCUACGAGCUUGGCACCUUUUCGCACCUCUGGGGACAUCCCGUUGGGGGGUACGAGGAGCUCCCCGCGUGGCGGGUGGAGCCCCCGGACGAUUCGGUGCGGAUCCCCCCAGGGGAGGCCGCUUUGGAGUCCAGGCCGGAGCACAUCGACGACUUCGUGGGCCGCUCUUCGCGCUCCCUUAGCCUCGACGAGGACGACUCGGGCGAGGAGGAGGGGAGCGAGGACGACGUGGAGACCUCCGAGACCGGCGGAAGCAGCACCGCGAGCGACGAAUCUAGCACGGAGUCUUCCGAAUCGUCCUCGGAGGAGGAAAGGGACUCCACAGCCUCCGGAUCGGGGCGUUCCAGCGCGGGGAAUCGCACGGCAUCGGCUUCAAACGCGGCGGUGACGGCGGUGCGAGGGAAAAUUAUGGUGCGGUUUAGCAAAACCGUCCAUUCCGAGGUAACGCCAUCGCCGCUGAAAUCACCGAUGCAGGCGGCACCACCGACCUUCUCAACACCGCCGCCUGACGCCUCCGAACAGACGGCGGCCGAGCAUGCGGGUGACUUAGGGGACGACGAAAGCUAG